GGAACCUGAGGGCGGGGUCGUUUUUACGUGCCCUCUCUCGCAAGCAAACACGGUUCAAGAUCGCUCGCUUGUAAGGCUUUCCUGAUGUAACAGUACCUUUGAUUGAGUGCCCGCCAUUUCUCAAAUUUCACACAACCUUGGGGCCCAAUGGCGGAGUUUGUUCACCUGGCAAUCUUCCUCUGGAUUUGCUUCCCUCCGGUCCUCCUCUUGUCCCCCUUUUUUGCCAAACCCUCCUCCCGUAACUCGGGGCAAUUUAAUCUACAAGGAAGGAAGCGCGGAGCUCUUCACAGAGUUGGGUGGGCAGGACCCGAUCUCGAUGAGACCCCGCUGUGGGGCCAUUUGCAGGCCCCUGAUUUGCUUGGGUCGUCCAAGAGCUUCCUCUGCCAGGUGCCAGUCAGUAGGCAACCAGGCGGCGAGGCGUUUCAGAUCCCGUUGAAUGCUCGUGUAGUUGCAUAA